UAAGCGGCGGCUGCGGGCAUAAUCAGCUGAUUAGUUUAGCUCACGUUUCCGAUAAUGCCUCCAUCACCGUCCUUUCAUCCGCAAGAUAAAGGACCCGUAGCAAUGACGUGGACGUCGAGAAGUGCACCAUGGAGGCUCUCUCCCGGGGUCUCCCCCGUGCAACGAAGCGAGUGAUGGGUUGGUGCCACUAAUGUCAGCUCGGGACUGCAGCAGACAGCACUCACCAUGAGUGGCGAGCAUACAGACAUCCUGUCAACGGCAGAGGUGGUCCGAGAUAGAUGGAGAGUGGUGAGAAAAAUAGGCGGAGGCGGCUUCGGUGAGGUCUACGAGGUCUUGGACCUGCUGAGCCAGGCGACCGUUGCCAUGAAAGUGGAGUCUGCCACUCACCCCAAACCAGUGCAGAGGACAGAGGCGGCCGUGUUGAGGAAGCUGCAGGGCAAAGAUAAUGUGUGUCGCUUUGUCAGUGCUGGUCGCAACGAACGCUUCAACUAUGUGGUGAUGGAACUCCAGGGGAGGAACCUGGCAGAUCUGCGCAGAAGCAGGGCCCGUGGUACAUUCUCCGUCUCGACAACUCUGAGGCUCGGCAAGCAGAUUUUACAGGGCAUCGAAAACAUCCACUCUGUGGGCUUCCUGCACCGUGACAUUAAACCGGCUAAUUUUGCAAUGGGAAGAUUAGCAAGUACCUGUAGGUGCUGCUACAUGCUGGACUUUGGUUUAGCCCGACAGUACAUGACCUCCAACCAGGAACUCCGUCCUCCUCGGUCUGUGGCUGGCUUCAGAGGAACUGUGCGAUAUGCUUCAAUCAAUACUCAUAAAAAUAAGGAAAUUGGUCGUCAUGACGAUUUAUGGUCCCUCUUCUACAUGUUGGUUGAAUUCAUGUCUGGUCAGCUCCCAUGGAGGAAAUUUAAAGAUAAGGAACAAGUAGGAAAUCUAAAAGAUGCAUAUGACCAUAGCCUCAUGCUUAAUCACUUACCAUCUGAGUUUAGCGCAUUCCUUGAUCACAUCCUUAGCUUGGACUACUACGCCAAGCCAGACUAUGAGAUGCUGAUGUCACUGUUUGACAGCGCUAUGAAAAGCCACAAUGUGCUGCACAAUGAUCCCUACGACUGGGAGAAAUGUGACUCAGAGGACAUGCUGACCGCUGCAGCGGCGCCGCCGACCGGCCAGGACCUCACCCGCCUCACGCCAGCACACAUGGGCAUGGCCAAUGCAUCAGUGCUGCCAGUGGAAUUGCAGAGGGAGAACACGGAGGAUGUCCUCAUGCUCGGAGAGCGCUUCAGCGACGCUGACAACUGCCCCCCUAUGCCUGCUGCUACUGUGCCUGCGAGAGGCAUAUGGAAUGAAAUGGACCGCAUUCAAAACCAGAAACAUGUUGAGCCAGUGAUCAGGAAGGUGGUGACUGAGGAAGAGCACAGUCAGAACCAGGGCAACCAAAGCCCCGCUGGCUCCGUGCAGAGCUCUCCGAGACGAGUACGAUCCGAGACCCUGUUCUUGGACCGGGCUGUGCCGCUGCUUCGGAAGAUGCGUCAGAGUCAGAGCUUGGCGUUUGAAAGGAGACUUGCACCUGAGCCCAAGCCGACUCUUGAGCGCUUCUUUGAGUCCUGUCGAGGCAAAACGCCUCCGGUCCUUUCUAACAUCGGGGAGAAAGUCUUGUCGGACGAUCAUUCUGGCACGGGUACGGCUGACCCAGAGGAUGGCGCAGUCAGCAGCGGUUUUGUCGCAGUCAACAUCAGUCCUGUGGUCCAAGAGGGAGACUCCCAGGAGUGGGUGGUGCUGGAGCUAGAGCAAGGCACCAAUUCCGUAGCCAUCAAGCCUUCAACUGAAGCCCAGCGCGACGACAAAGCAGUGGCCCCGAACGCUGCCGAUGGCGAGAAACACCCACCGCAGGAGGGCACGGCUGUAGCGAUCAGUCCUGUUCUGUCACACUGUUCUGUCGGGUCGUGGUUACUUGGCCACAGGAGGCUGCCAGGGAUGCUGGGGCAGAUGCCCUCGGUCAUCAUGGGACGACCCCACAUGGAUCAGUCUUCCAGCUGCACACCGCAGGCGCCUGUGCUCGAGAAGAGUGACACGAUACCUCUUGAGGGUGCGUCCAGCAAAUCCGAUGAACUCCCUGGACAACUCCUAAAGGACGGAGGGAAAACGGAUUUGGCCCCGUCAUCGAGCCCACUUAAGGGUUCGACAACUCUCCUAACAAAAGACCCAGAGAGUGAUUCUGGUCUGCCUGACUGCUCGUUAGAGCUGAACCAGCAGCCUCAAGCGGUCUGUUCACUCCUCGCUUCUUUAAGGCCAAAAGACUCUCCCUGCUCGCCAAAAAUGAGCCGUAUCCCAAUACGAGACUCCGGCACUCCCCCGGACUCUCCGAGCAGGAACCUGCACCGGGACAGGCGAAAUCGCUGGAGCAGCCCUGUACCCGGCUCGCCCACGCAUUCCCCUUCUCCAUCCCUUUCCUGCGAAAACCUGCAGGUCACUCUCCCUCGAGAACGUCUAUCCUCGGAGCGAGGCUCCAGGUCGGACUGUGGAGGGGAAGACCCACUUUCUCUAUCCUCCUCAUCCGGCAGUAAAAGUAAGAUCCCACGACCUAUGAGCGCCACCUUUGUUCCUGAGCAGCUCAGCGGCAGACACAUGCCUCACCCACCACCUGGGAAACCGUCUGAAGGCCCCUGUGCCAACCACAGGCGGCGGCGGUUGCGAGUACGUGCCAGCAGCACCAGCGACACGGACUCUUUGUCCAAUCUGAGCCAGUUGCCGCAGGACCGCGGCGGCCUGCUCGUCAGCCCACCUCCACCUCGCCCUUGCAGCUCCUCCGUCCUGCACCGCUCGCUGAGUUGCUCGCCAUCCCGCCAGGAGCCCCGCAACGGCAGGGCACCGCCUUUGGGACGCAGCCGCUCUCCGUCUAGCUUCGGCGGGUCAUCUACGCCGCCGCCUCCUCCUCCUCGUCACGGCCCCCUGCAAGCCAGGUCGUCCGGGCAGAGUCCGUGGGCCCCCCCACGCUCUAGAGAAACAGGUUUGAUCCAGGAGGGUAAAGGCUCAGGGAAACUGAAACGGUGAUUAACAGAAAAGACUGAUCUGAUCGCAUGUGUAAAUACAGUAUUUGCUCAAAGGAAUAUGUACCGUAUGUAAUGUAAGAAAAACAUGUAUUUAUCUAUUUAUUUGCUACAUUAGCUUAAAUUGACCCAUAAACAAUGAACAGUA